AUUUUUUAGUAUACCUAUUAUAUCUUUGAUUUACCGUUAUUUAAGACAACAUUUUAGCUAUUGGUCGGACAGAGGCCUAAGCGGACCGAAACCCUGGAUAUGGUUUGGAAAUACAUUUGAAGAACUGUUUCGUCCGAUUUCGGUCAUCGAUAGAGAAAGGCGUCAAAAAUAUGGACCGACCUAUGGUAUUUACGAAAACAAUAAGCCAGUUAUGAUGACAUCGGAUCCGAAACUAAUCAAAAAUAUUUAUAUCAAACACUAUAAGAAUUUUUCGGAUCCGAAAUCAAUUUUGAUGACACCAGACAAUCAUGUAAUCUAUAGGCAUAUCAUCAACAAUAGUCGGGGCGAGACCUGGAGGCGUCAAUCGGCGGUUAUUAGAUCGUUGUUUGCCGACAGUCGGCUGAAAUUGUUUGCUAAAAAAAUUACUGAGAAUUUAAUCAAUUUGACUGAUAGUUUGGAUAAAAUGAUAGAUAAUAAUAAUAAUGAUAAGGCAAUAGAUAUUAGUCAAGUGUUUAUCAAUCAUAGUAUAGAUCUGAUGGCUAAUUGUAUGUUUUCAUUGAAACAAAAUACAAUUAAUAGUGUAGACAAUAAAUUUAGCCAGAUCAUUAAGCAAUCAACUAUGCCAUCUAAAUGGCGUAUAUUAGCCAGUUUAGUUUUACCAAAAUUUUUAGUCAACGUACUCGAUAUGAGUACAAUUAUAUCUAGAAAAUACCUGGACCAGUUUGUUAGACUAACAGUACAGGAGUUAAGUAAACGUAUUAGUUUGCCUAUAAAUACUGGUAAUGAUGACGAUAACGACUUUUGUCAAUUGCUUAUGAAUCGGUGCCCGGAUUUUAUUAGCAAUAAAACAUUGGAUAAUAAUACUAAUAAUAAUAAUAAUAAUAAUAAUAAAACAUCAGAAUCUCAAAUAUCAGAUUUGUCGCAAACAUUAACCAAUGAUGAAUUAAUAGCCAAUAUAUACACACUUUUCGAUUCUGCUUAUGGUAUCGAUUAUAUACUUAAGAUACUAAUUAUCUACGAGUUGGCCAUAAAUACGGAGUGUCAGCAAAAAUGUUACGACGAAAUCAUUGCUAACUGUUUUCCGGAUAACAACAAACCAAUGACCGGACAAAACAACAUAAAGUUUGACUAUAAAACAGUGGACAAACUGAACUAUUUGGAUGCCUGUAUAUCGGAAAUAAUGAGAUUAUACGCACAGAUAUAUAGAGAGGGACGGAUAGCCAGACACGACUAUACGGAUGAAACAACUGGUGUGACAAUCAAGAAAGGACAGGUAAUACAGUUUUCACGGUCAGCAGUGCAUAGAAAUUCCGAUUACUAUCCAAUGCCCGACCAGUUCCGGCCCGAGAGGUUUGUUGGCAAACAAAACAAACACCAAUUGAUCGAAUCAGCCGUUUAUCUGCCAUUUGGUUUGGGCCGUCGUAUGUGUCCCGGCUAUAAGUUUACCCUGAUGACCAUCAAAUUGACCAUGGCACAAUUGUUGGUUAACUAUAGAUUUUUGCCAAUACCAGGUCUAACUAAACUUAGAUCAGCCGAUCCUAUUGUUGAACACUAUAGCUAUUAUCCGGGACAGUUGUAUUUGAAAAUUGAAAAACGUUAAAAAUCAAUACUAGAUAAAUUAAAUUAAUAUUAUA